AGUGCAAGCAGCAUCAAAUCAAUCACACAUAACAAACAUGUCUUCAAUCUCACAUGCUGACUACCCUCCCGACUUGUCCACUGAAGAACAGGACUUCAUUUUCACGGAGCUCAAGGAUUGGUCAAUAGCACACGGUCUUGCCGUCCGUCCAGCGCCUUCCUUUGUCCAGCCGUCUCAGGAUCCCUCAGGUGUACUGGCAACAACAGCACCAGUCACUGUCUUCCCCAGCUUAUUUCCAAGAAAUUGCUUCGAGGAUGGCUUGUCGAUACAGAAGGCAUACAACGAAUUAUACUCUGCUAUAGCCAGGGACGAGGAGUGGCUUCAGGGCAUCGUGGAAGAACUUGUUGACGUUGACGAAUUCGUUGCGAAGCUAUGGCAAACCCAUCUCGCCGUAAAGAAAGAAGGCUAUGUUCAGGAUCUGUCGCUCGGACUGUUCCGUUCGGAUUACAUGGUGCAUGAAGACCCAUCUGAGAGCAACCCAACGCCAGGUCUGAAGCAAGUUGAAUUUAACACUAUUGCGUCUUCAUUCGGUGGUCUGUCUUCUCAGGUGUCUGCACUACACAGACAUCUCCUAUCUCUUGGGGCGUACCCUUCAUCGACCUCUUCUACCAUCAAAGCCGAUGCCUUGGAACAGAGCCAAUCCACGUCACAGCUGGCAAAGGGACUUGCGGCUGGGCACAAGGCAUACGGCGAAUCAAAGACCAAGCGCCCAUUGUGUGUCUUGUUCGUCGUGCAAGAUCCAGAGAGGAACGUUUUUGAUCAAAGGCACCUAGAGUAUGCUUUGCUGGAAGGGAAUGGUGUGCGAUCGUUCCGUUUGCCAUUUGGGAAAACUCUAGCGCACACCAAGCUCGACGGCGAUCGGACAUUGGUCUACACCCCGCCGCACUCCCCAUCAACCUCGUAUGAGGUAACCACAAUCUACUUCCGGGCAGGGUACUCCCCUGAUGAUUAUGUGAAAGAGGAGGAUUGGGAGGCUCGGCUGCAUCUUGAGAAGAGCAGAGCGGUCAAGUGCCCAAGCAUCUUGACUCAACUUGCCGGGUGCAAGAAGGUCCAACAAGUCCUGGCAACACCUCAUUCCCCACAUCUUAAGCGAUUCCUACCCGACGACGAGGUUGCUUCGCGGCUGCUGAAAACCUUUGCUCCCAUUUAUCCGCUUGACAAGAGUGAGGCAGGCCAGGAAGCAAGGAAAUUGGCAUCCGACCCUUCGUCAGCAACUCGAUAUGUUUUGAAACCUCAACGCGAAGGAGGUGGUAACAACAUCUAUCGCAAAUCUAUUCCUCCGUUUCUACAGAAGCUUCCUGAAACACAAUGGCCAGCAUACAUUUUGAUGGAGAUGAUCGAGCCACCACCUCUAAGGAACGCUAUCGUUCGCAACGGUGUGCUGGAAAAAGGUGGCGUCAUCUGCGAAUUGGGCGUAUAUGGAGUUUGUUUGUGGCGAGACGGGUCUGGAAACGGGCAAAAGGGCGAAAUCCUGGAGAACUUCGAGGCAGGUUAUCUCCUUCGUACUAAGGGAGAUCAAAGUGAGGAGGGAGGCGUGGCCGCAGGAUUCGGAGCAGUAGACAGCUGUUGCUUGGUUUAGUGUUGAAGAGCAGUACCAAUAGCCGCGAAUGGACACAUUCAUGCUAUCACUAUUGUACGGAUUGCAUUUGCAUGUGGAGGGACCGCGUUCAGUGUGUGAUUUCGUCUAUUGCUGAACGAAUCGACACCGAUCUUCUAACGGAAGGCGAUGUUACGCACAUCUUCGGACUUCUGUCAGGUAUGGAAGAGUUCGAUGUCCAGCUUCGGCUUGUGUGGAAACACACGGCUUGCUCCUACGCACCCACCGGCGAACAAUGAUCCAUGAUCCAGUAUCACAUAGAGAUCUCUCC